AGCGCCCUCUUUAGACUCCGAAUAUCUCGUGAAAUCUCGUAUCUUUCUCGUACUUGCUUCGCGAUUUCUCGAUCUCUUUUCCCAUGGUCUAGCGCUGGCAAAAGGCCGUAGCCGCCAUGAAGAUUAACGUCAGCUACCCAGCCACAGGCUGUCAGAAGCUCAUUGAGGUGGACGAUGAGAUGAAGAUGAGGGCCUUCUAUGACAAGCGGAUGGCGCAAGAAUGUACCGCAGAGAGCUUGGGUGAUGAGUGGAAGGGUUACAUUGUGCGCAUCAGCGGCGGUAACGACAAGCAGGGCUUCCCCAUGAAGCAAGGUGUCCUGACCAAUGGCCGGGUGCGUCUGCUUCUCGCUAAGGGACACUCCUGCUACCGAGCCCGUCGCAAGGGGGAACGCAAGCGCAAGUCGGUCCGUGGAUGCAUCGUAGACAGCAACCUCUCUGUGCUCAACUUGGUCAUUGUCAAGAAGGGGGACAACGAGAUUCCAGGCCUGACAGACAAAACCAUCCCUCGCCGACUGGGCCCCAAGAGGGCAGGCAAGAUCCGCAAACUCUUCAACUUGUCAAAGGAGGACGACGUCCGCGAGUAUGUCGUCAAGCGCCAGCUCCCGGAGAAACCCGACAAGAAAGAUCAGAAGCCCCGCUACAAGGCCCCCAAGAUCCAACGUCUGAUCACGCCCCAGCGUCUCCAGCGCAAGCGCCACAACCUGGCCCUCAAGCGGCGACGCGCCUCCAAGAACAAGGAGCAGGCCGCCGAGUACGCCAAGCUCCUGGCCCAACGCCAGAAGGAGAAACGAGAGGCCCACCUCAAGCGCAAACGCUCGGCCUCCAUGAGGGAGUCCCACAGGGAAUCCACCAGCAAGUAGAGAGCGGACGAACCCGGCAGUGCGACGGUCGGAACGAGAAGGGGUUUAUUGGGGCUGGAUUAGUUUGUGAGCAGUUGGGUUGGGAUAACUUGUUCAUAUCACCGUGUUCUCAGAAAGUUAUUGAAGUUAUGCUGGAUAGUUGCUAGACUAAUCCAGUUUGUCAAAAUGAAACCAAAUUUUCAGCUGACGUAGAGAUAAAUCACUGAACUACCGAGGAAAUAAAACACCACAAACGAGUCA